AUGACGGUAGGAGAAGAGAUACCUACAUCUGCCCAACUUGCUGCAGAAAAGGAGCUGUCUCCUUUGGCUGUUGAGCCUGAGCUAUGGUCUACGGACAGCUCGUCAACAGUAGAUGUACCCAGACCUUCGACUCUGGGCAUCGAAGACCGGGAUGCUGGCAGAGCAAUAGGGCAGGACAAGGACAGUGGAGACCAGGGAGACAAGCAGCGAGGUGCCAGGGAAGAUGAAAUAGAAGUCGAGAAUAAAGAAGAAGAAGAAGAAGAAGAAGAGAGAGCUGCUGUGUUGCCUCCACGGCCUGAUAUUCCGCCGCCAUGGGCAUGGAGAUGCCACAAGUGUCACAGUUACUACGCCCUCGGGGUGACGAACCGAUGCCUGGCAGACGGACACUACUACUGCUACGGCCUUGCCCAAGGCAGCAGACACUGGGAACGCAAGAAGAGGCAGACCCAGGGAGAGAAGAAGCUGGGAACUCCGUGCGGGUCUUCAUUUGACUACGCUGGCUGGGAGAACAUGAGCGAAUGGCAGAGAGCGGUCCGGCGGGAAAAGGGUAUCAGACCGUCUCCAGGAUGCUGGCAGGACUGUACGUUCCCUAGCGAAUGCCGCCGUAGGAGGCUCUACGGUAUCCCUGACCCGUCGAUGUUCGAGUUGAUCGAGAAGAGCGCUCUAUCUGCAGAGAGAGAACCAAUACCGGCCCAUGUACGUCCUGAGCUCCCCCCUUGCACGGAAGAAGAUUCUCAUGCCUAUGAGAGCUGCGACCAUCUUGUCCUUGAUUUGCAGUCUUCUUCAGGACAAGAGAAGGCCAGGAAGGCUGAUACCAUAUUCGUGCCGCCAGACGGCAUACCGGCCCCGGUUCCGGCUCCAGCACCACAGUCCAGCCCAAGGAAGAGGAAAAGAGCUGCAACAGAGCAGCCAACCGAUAGACAGCCAAAGAAGAAGACGAAGAAACGCAGCAUCUCCGAAAUGAUCGAACCUAUCCGUGGUCCAGCCCGAUGA